AUGUUUCAACCUCCAGGUUUUGUUGACCCUACUCGCCCUGAUUAUGUUUGUCGUCUUCGUCGAUCCCUUUAUGGUCUCAAACAGGCGCCUCGGGCGUGGUUUCAGAGGUUUGCAACUUUCAUUACAGGUUGUGGUUUUAGGGGUAGUGUUUGUGAUCCAUCUCUUUUCAUUUACCGGUCCGGUCAGGAUACUGCAUACUUAUUAUUGUAUGUUGAUGAUAUCAUACUCACUGCCUCUACUGAUGCUCUACUGUCCCGUUUUAUUGACCUGAUGAAACGGGAAUUUUCUAUGACUGAUCUUGGCCCGUUGCAUCAUUUUUUGGGUAUUACUGCCACUCGUUCUUCAUCAGGGUUGUUUUUAUCUCAGUCGCUCUAUACAAAGGAUAUUAUUGCUCGUGCAUCCAUGACAAACUGCAAUCCAGUGGCAACUCCGGUUGACACAAAUUCUAAGCUGAGCGCUACUUCUGGUCCAGCAAUUUCGGAUCCUACUUUAUACAGAAGUCUGGCCGGGGCGCUACAAUACCUUACUUUCACUCGACCGGAUAUCUCUUAUGCAGUCCAGCAGGUAUGUUUAUUUAUGCAUGAUCCUCGAGAGCCUCACAUGCAAGCCAUCAAGCGCAUUAUUCGAUAUCUUCAGGGCACUAUUGAUCACGGUUUGUCACUAUCGGUUUCGAAUAUUUCUGCCCUAACCGCCUACUCUGAUGCUGAUUGGGCGGGUUGUCCUGACUCACGACGCUCAACCUCUGGUUACUGCAUAUUUCUUGGGGACAAUCUUGUAUCAUGGUCCUCCAAACGUCAAGCAACUGUGUCCCGUUCCAGUGCCGAAGCAGAAUACAGAGGUGUCGCUAAUGCCGUGGCUGAAACAACCUGGCUACGGAAUCUACUUCUUGAGUUACACAUACCAUUAAGGCGUGCUACUAUGGUAUAUUGUGACAAUGUGAGUGCUAUCUACAUGUCUGGUGAUCCGGUUCAACAUCAACGCACUAAGCAUGUAGAGAUUGAUAUCCACUUCGUUCGUGAAAGAGUUCGUAUUGGUGACAUUCGCGUAUUGCACAUCCCUUCAGAAAAUCAGUAUGCUGAUAUCUUCACGAAGGGUCUUCCACGUCAGUUGUUUCUUAAUUUUCGUUCUAGUCUUAGCGUUUGUUCCUCUCCCGCUCAGACUAAGGGAGUGUAA